AGUACAUUUUGCAUUUAGGACAUUUGAAUCCAAAACUAUCAAUAAAACAAAGAAAAGGGAAGUUCAGAUAACACAAUGCCUUCAUCAACAUUUUUGCUACAAUGUUGCACAUAACCACACCCUCACAGCUUCAAACAGAAAUCAAAACAGUACAUAGAACAACACAGUCAGUAAUAUAAUAGUAUACUUUACUGUUACUUUUUGUUUGCAUUAAACACGCAGAUCUACAAAAUAAACUAAAAAACAUUUUUGUGUUAUAAAAUUGCAAGCAUGCUGUCUCUCUCACACACAUAAUUCAUGAAUAAAACACACAGGGUUCACUUAACAUCCUUUACUUGCAAAUUAGUGAUUCCGAAAGAUCAGUCAACCUGAUCAUUUAUUCAGCUUUGUAUUCGAAAUGGAAGACACGACGUCAGUAUUUCCUGUCAGGUUAACAUUAAAAGUGGUUUCAACAGGAAGCUUUACUUGUUGCAGAGAACACACGCAACAGCUUUGUUCAGUGAAGCGUGAGCUUUGACUGCAGCCACAAAUGGAACAUUUUAUAAUCGUCCUUUUGACAGCAACAGUCUAUACGCAAGUGACUGCUCAAAAUACAAACCCUCCACUUUCGAUUUCCAAGCCCAGCAUAAGUCGUGAUCCUUCCCACACAGUGCUGUACAGCUCAGAGACGGUCACUCUGCACUGUCAGGUUUCUAAUGGACCACCGGCUUUACAGUAUGACUGGUACAAGGACUCGACUGAUCUUAAUCAUCAUGAGGGCAGCUUCAGUGCAGAAACGAGUGGAAUCUAUGAAUGCAAGGCGAAAAAGGAAUCUUCGGAGUCUGAUAAAAGUGAUACUUACACAUUAGAUCUGCAAGCCAUCCCAACACCAACGCUGUCUAAACCAACAUACACAGAAGUCUACACAUCUGAAACGGUCAGUCUGAAGUGUGAGAUUCAAGGCCGCACAGAGUCCUGGACUUAUCAAUGGUUAAAGAGUGGAGAGAAGCUACAAGAAACUACAUCCCAAUUAGUUAUCCAGUCAGCAAAAACUGAUCAUUCUGGAGAUUAUAAAUGCAAAGGAAUUCUUCAAGGGAGAGUAGAGACUUCAGACAGUAAUUCUGUUAAAGUUAACAUUCACGCCAUCCCAACACCAACGCUGUCUAAACCAACAAACAAAGAAGUCUACACAACUGAAAAGGUCAGUCUGAAGUGUGAGAUUCAAGGCCGCACAGAGUCCUGGACUUAUCAAUGGUUUAAAGGUGGAGAGAAGCUACAAGAAACUACAUCCAAAUUAGAUAUCCAGUCAGCAAAAACUGAUCAUUCUGGAGAUUAUAAAUGCAAAGGAAAUCUUCAAGGGAGAGUAGAAACUUCAGACAGUAAUUCUGUUAGAGUUAACAUUCACACCAUCCCAACACCAAUGCUGUCUAAACCAACAUACACAGAACUCUACACAACUGAAAAGGUCAGACUGAAGUGUGAGAUUCAAGGCAGCACAGAGCACUGGAAUUAUCAAUGGUUUAAAGGUGGAGAGAAGCUACAAGAAACUACAUCCAAAUUAGAUAUCCAGUCGGCAAAAACUGAUCAUUCUGGAACUUAUAAAUGCAAAGGAAAUCUUCAAGGGAGAGUAGAGACUUCAGACAGUAAUUCUGUUACAGUUAACAUUAAUGCCAUCCCAACACCAACGCUGUCUAAACCAACAUACACAGAAGUCUACACAUCCGAAACGGUCAGUCUGAAGUGUGAAAUUCCAGGCCGCACAGAGCACUGGAAUUAUCAAUGGUUUAAAGGUGAAGAGAAGCUACAAGAAGCUAAAUCACAAUUAGAUAUCCGAUCUGCAACAAAAGAUGAUUCUGGAGUUUAUAAAUGCAAAGGAAUUCUUCAGGGGAGAGUAGAAACUCCAGAGAGUGAUUCUGUUACAAUCAACAUUCAUGAACCACCUCAACCGAAAUUGUCAAUUGAGUCUGAAUGGAAAUCCUUUUACCAAACUGAAAAAGUGACUCUGAAGUGUUCAGUUGAUGGAGAUUCAAAUGAAUGGAGCUAUGAAUGGCUCAAAGAUGCAACGCAGCUUCCUAAAGAUAAAGACGAUGUUUCUUUAUCUGGUAAAACACUCACAAUAAGCUCAGCAAAAGCGAUUCAUUCAGGAUUCUACACCUGCAAAGGAAUACAUCAGACGAGAAAACCAGUGACUACGAUAGAAAGUGAAAAACUGCAGCUUCAAGUUGCAGGCAAGUAA